UCUCUCUCAGUUCCCACUAAUCACUCUAACCAAAAACCCCUUCUUCAUUCCGCAAACCCGGUCCUCUGCAUCUCCCUACAGCUUUCCGGUUCGGUUCUCUGUUAGACUUCGCAUUCUCAGUCGUUGGUUUCGCGGUGCGGAGAAUUGUUGAAUCCGGCGUCGUACUGAUGACAUCGGGCACGAGGCUGCCGACAUGGAAGGAGCGAGAGAACAACAAGCGACGGGAGCGACGCCGCCGCGCGAUCGCAGCCAAGAUCUUCGCCGGAUUGAGGAUGUAUGGGAACUACAAGCUCCCCAAGCACUGCGACAACAACGAGGUCUUGAAAGCUCUCUGUAAUGAAGCUGGUUGGAUCGUCGAAGAAGACGGCACCACGUAUAGAAAGGGGUGCAAGCCUGUGGAACGCAUGGAUAUCAUCGGUUCAGCUGCAGUAAGCCCUUGCUCAUCGUAUCAGCCAAGCCCAGGAGCCUCUUUCAAUCCAAGCCCUGCUUCGUCUUCUUUUGCAAGCCCAGUUUCAUCCCAUUUUGCUGCUAGUGUCAAUAAUACUGCAGAUCCCAACUCCCUUAUCCCCUGGCUAAAAAAUUUGUCAUCUGGCUCUCUGCCUGCUUCAUCUAAGUUUCCCCAUCAUCUUUACAUUCCUGGAGGUUCUAUAAGUGCUCCAGUCACCCCUCCAUUGAGCUCGCCAACCGCACGUACUCCUAGAAUGAAGGGCAACUGGGAUGAUCCAACAACAGGUUCUGCCUGGUCUGGGCAGCAUUACCCGUUUUUACCAUCAUCAACUCCCCAAAGUCCUAGUCUGCAAACUCCACCUGAUUCAGGAUGGGUUUCUGGUGUUCAAACUCCUCAAGAUGGACCUUCCUCUCCGACAUUCAGCCUUGUCUCAGCAAAUCCAUUUGGUUUCAAGGAACCGAUAUCAAAUGGGGGCUCCCGUAUGUGGACCCCUGGGCAAAGUGGAACUUGCUCUCCUGCUAUUGCACCAGGGUUUGACCAAACAGCUGAUGUUCCAAUGUCGGAUGCAAUAUCAUCUGAGUUUGCAUUUGGCAGUAAUACCAAGGGGCUAGUGAAACCAUGGGAAGGAGAGAGAAUACAUGAUGAGUGUGUUCCUGAUGACCUUGAGCUUACUCUUGGGAUUCCUAGCACCAGGUGAAAACUGGUAGAAGAAAGGCCAACAGAUAUUAACAUUUCCCCUAAAACAUUGUUGUCUGCUGCUGCACAUUGUCAAGCUAUUGACUACUUGUUAGAUCAUUCUGAUUUCUGAACAUGAAAGUAUCCUGGUUGGUGAGCCAGGGAAUUGAGCUACACAGCAGGAGGAGGUUCUGGUUUUUUUCUAUUUUGUUUCGUUGUGCCCUCAAAGAAACAAAGAUAAAAGUAUAAAUAGCUCAUGAAGUUGGCUCUGCAAUUUUUUAGCAGAUUUUCAUUCUCGUAUUUUGUCUUCAAAUUCUUUUGAUUCUUUCUCGUUCAAAUACUGAUAAUGUUUUAUUGUGUUUCUGGAUGAUUUUUUGUUAUUGGGAUGUACUCGGGAUGUCAAAAUAUCAUAAUUUUUGUCAUAAACCUCUUGACAAGGCUAGCAUGCCUAUGUUGAUGCUCAGUUUUCUUUGCUGAAUAUGAAUUCCAAAUUUUAGCAGGGCUAUAUUUCAGUUGAAAUUACCGAUCCUCUAUGGGUUUAGUUGUUUGCCUUGUACACGUUCUACCUUGUAUUCAUGAAAUUACGGCGGGGAAAUCCCCCCACCGCAUCGACAAUCUCCACCUGCUCCUCCCACGACAAUACUCCCCCAGAAGCUCCACCCCAAGAAUUGAUAAUUCACCCGCCUUCUCCUUCCCCUUGCAGAAGUCGAGAAUUAUUCUCGGCUCUUGAGGAGGAGGAGCAGAGGCGAGAGGAAGUGAACAACAGGAUCUCCAGACCUGAAGUCGCACAGACUCAAGAUCAGAAUCUCCAUAACCGAGAAUCUUAAGCCCCCCACCACCUAGGGGAACCGAGGAUUUCUACUUGCCGUUAGCUGUGGCCCCUUCAAGAUGUAGCCUGUUUGCCUCGAGAAUUCUAGCCGAAGCGCUCCCAGCAGGUCUCAAAGUGUCGAACUUAUCGGAAUAUGAUAGGAUGGGAGGCCCACAAGAACACUUGGACAAAUUUUAUGCCAAGAUUGAUUGGUACGAUCUGAGUGACGCCGCUUACUGCAAGGUCUUCCGCACUACGCUCUCAAAACGUGCAUUAGCCUGGUUCAACCAACUGCUCGCUGGAACUAUUUCUAGCCUCGAGUAGUUGGUUCAACGUUUCUUGCAUCACUUCUCCAUAAACAAAAAAGUUUAAAAAAAACGGCUGUAUUUCUAUUUACCAUCCGCCAAAUGGAGGGUGAGACUCUGAGAUACUAUAUGCAAAGGUUCAUGGACGCAGUGCGUGAGGUUCCCCAUGUUAAUCAUGAGUUAUUGACCAGUAUUGUCCAACAGAUCUGCUACCAGGAAGAUUCAAGGAAUCCAUAGCUGGCAAGCCCCCUAGAACUAUGGAGGAUUUACUCAUGCGCUCCCAUAAUUCCAUCCGCAUUGAGGAGUCGAACGCAUUGGAUCCUUCCCUCAAUAGCAAAAGGAAGGGUCGGGAGAGGAAAAGGAGCCGAAGAAGAAAGAAGAACGCAAGCAUGUACCUCGGGCGGGGUUCGCUCACUACACCCACUUGAACGCUCUCAGAGGGGAGAUAUUAGUCGUAGCUGAGCAGCAAGGGUUAAUCAAUUAAUGGCCAUGGAAAAUGAAAGACAACCUUAAGAGACUCAAGUCCAACAAAUAUUGUGGUUUCCACUGAGAUAGAGGGCACACGACGAAGGAAUGCCACCACGUGAAAAAUGAGAUAGAGAACUUGAUUUAGUGAGGGUACUUGAAAGAAUACGUCAACCAGGGAUUGAAUUCCCAACCUCGGGAUCCAACGUCCACACAGACCAAGAACGACGACAACUUCCCCACCGCAGGGGUUAUCGCUGUAAUUUUGGGUGGCCCGACGGGCGAUGACUCAGCUAAUGCAAGAAAGGCUCUCGCUCAAGCAGCUAGGGGAAACCACGCGUAAGCCCCUAUUCAAGUUUACAAUAUUAGUUUGAAACAAGGGGAUGAGAUUUUAUUCAGCCAGCAGGACUUGGACCCAGUGAGAAAUUAAAACGACGCCCUGAUCAUCUCUGGCACGAUCUCCAACUUUUGGGUCAAAAAAAUUUUAGUGGAUAGUGGGAGUUCGGCGGACAUUAUAUUCCACGACGCAUAUGUCCAAUUGGGGAUUGACAACGCUCAAUUUCUGAAGGUGAACGCCCCACUCACAGGUUUUAGCGGAAAAAUAAUCAAACCAGUAGGGGAGGUGACACUACCAUUAUCCCUCGA